AUGCAGCUGGGUACAUCAUUUAGAGUACCCCUAGAGAAGUGUAGAGCCAGCCUCCGGAGAAAGCUGAAUGAGAAGGAGAAGCCCGAUAUCUCGGACAGGAGACAUAUGGUUAGAAUGAUGGUGGAUGAAAUGAGACAGCAUUGCCUAAACCCCACCCUCAGCCAGUGUGCAUUUAUUGCAAAAGGCAUCAUAGAAAAAUAUCCUAAUAGCCUUCAAGACAGGACAGAAGAGGGAGAAAAGAUGGGGAGUGGCCACUACACGCUCUGUCAGCAGCUGAAGUCCAGAGUCGACAAUCUCAACAGAAACAACACUCUAGCUCGAUUGAGAAAAGAGAGAAGGCCUGCUGUGACUCCUGCUGCCACUGCUGGCAACAGUGAGCCAGCCAGAAAAUGUGCCAAAACAGACUCAUAUGGCUGCAUUAACUGGCAGCCAAUCGUUCUCCCAGAGGGAGAAACGAAGGAGUCUCUUCUUCAUAAAAAAGAGGAGCUCAAGCUCAUUUUCAGCCACGAGGGCCAAAGAGGAGCGGACAGGGCAAGAGUAGCAGAACUGAUGGAGACUACUUUCGAGACCCAACGGCGCAAUAUAAACAUGCUGCCAGCUAUGCAGGAACUGAUUAAAGAAUGGCCAUUCCUCUUCCAGAAGAGAUUCCUCCUUGAUCACUUCAACCAGCUGACAGGGAUCGAGCUGGAUGCAAGACUCAGGGAGUCCAUGGAAAGCAAGGGGAAGAGGGUAAUGACAUUUUUCCAGUCACAGCUGCUUCGUUGGGGAAAAGAAGUAAGGACAGUCCUCGCCAACUUGGCAAAAGAGCCAGAAGUUGACCCCUGCCUUGCUGUCGUAUUGACCAUGAUGGCCUUCUUUCAUGAAAAAGAGGACGCCCUGUUCAUUCUAGCUGAUCUCACCACCACUCAGGCAGACGCAGAGACCCAGCUUUCCCUUCCCAGGACGCCAAGAAUAAUCCUGCUGGGAGAUUCCAUUCUCUCAGCGAAGCAAUGGAUGCUGGCCUUGGAGGGCAAGGUGUUUAUAACACCAACCAACCUCCAGAUGGACUUCACCUCUGCCCUGGCGGUCCUCUUUGGGUCUCAUUAUGCCUUCAAUAUUGAGUACCAGCCCGAGGCAGCUUCUACCCUGGAUUUCAUUCAGAGGUUUCUCGUCAGGAUCAAUCCUGAAUUUUCCAAGUGCACGGCGAAGUUCCAGACGAGCAAGAAGACAAAUAAGAUGGUGCAGAGGAAGCAGGUGUCCCUCAAUCCCCACGUGGCUGCAUUCAUAAGGGACUUCACCGAAUUUGAUUGGCAGAAUUUCUAA